AUGGAUCCCGACAAUGGCCAUCCGAGCGCCUCGCUCACCGAUGCGCCCUCAUUCAAGAAUACUAUCGAUAACACCUCGAGCCUAGGCUCGUCAGUGCCGCCACCGUUGGAGCUGGAUCAGGAAGCAAAAGGCCAUUUCCCUGCAGAAUCUUUGACGCCAACUCGACUCCAGGGCCAAACCUCUCCCGUGAAAUCGGCGAGAACGGACACAAUGCAGGAUGCUCGCUCGAAUACCAGGAUUGGCCAUGCCACUCGCUCAUCCAGUCAGGCCCGCCGGCGAUUCAGUGGCAGCACGGCUGCCAGCUCCAUUAGCGAAAUGGAGUCCACCGGUCCGAAACCCUGGCGACUUGGUGUAUGUGCCCUGGAUGUCAAGGCCCGCAGCAAGCCCAGCCAGAAUAUCCUCACCCGCCUCCAAUCCAAGGGUGACUUCGAGGUCAUCGUGUUCGGUGACAAAGUCAUUCUCGAUGAAGCCGUGGAGAAUUGGCCUGUCUGCGAUUUCUUGAUCGCCUUCUUCUCUGAUGGAUUUCCUCUCGAUAAAGCGAUUGCAUACGCAAAAUUGCGGAAGCCAUUCUGUGUCAAUGAUUUACCCAUGCAGAAGGUAUUGUGGGAUCGACGACUCUGUCUAAGAAUUCUCGACCAGAUGGGUGUCCCCACCCCCAAGAGGUUGGAGGUGAACCGAGAUGGCGGGCCAGUUUUGGAAUCGACGGAGCUGGCACAACAUAUCCACCACUUGACCGGCGUCAGACUAGAAGGACCGGAAGAUGGAACCGGUGGAGGUGCCCCAAGAACGCAGCACGUUUCGAUGUCUGAGGAUGGAGAAUCCUUGGUCGUGGACGGUCAGGUCUUCCGGAAACCGUUUGUGGAAAAGCCGGUCAAUGGCGAAGAUCACAAUAUCCAUAUCUACUUUCCCAAUGACCAACAGUAUGGUGGUGGAGGCCGGAAGCUCUUUCGCAAAGUCGGCAACAAGAGUUCCGAGUACGACCCAGACAUGUCUGUACCACGGUCAGUCACCGAGAAGGAGACUAGUUAUCUUUAUGAACAGUUCCUGCGAGUCGACAAUGCCGAGGACGUCAAAGCAUACACGGUUGGGCCUGACUUCUGCCACGCGGAAACGCGCAAAUCCCCCGUGGUUGAUGGUCUCGUUCGACGCAAUACCCAUGGGAAAGAGCUGCGGUAUAUCACCAAAUUGAGUAAAGAAGAAGCGGCUAUUGCCUCGAAGAUCUCCAACGGUUUCGGGCAGCGGAUCUGCGGCUUCGAUAUGCUUCGCGUGGGAGACAAGAGCUAUGUCAUUGAUGUCAAUGGCUGGAGUUUUGUCAAGGACAACAACGAUUACUAUGACAAGUGCGCUCAUAUCCUACGGGAUACUUUCUUGGCAGAGAGGCGCAAGGGUGAGGGGGCCCCAGAGCCAUCAGAACCACCAUCUCCAGAUUUGGGCACAUCCCGACGCAGUACGGCAGGGUCACAUCGUCAGGCGCUCAAGACCUUGCUCAAGUCGCCAAGUACGUCCAGACUUUAUGGAAGUCAAAGCGUACAGAAACCCCACGAAUCCACUGCCUCGGAUGUGUCUACCGGUGCGCCAUCAACUGCGUCUUCUACCGGUCCAAUAGAGGGUGUGGAUUUGGCGGGCAACCCGAUCAACCCGACUUCUCGGGAGACUCGCUCAGACACGCGCGGAUACAGUCCUUCCAAUACCAAGUCUCCUGCCGUGUCCAUCCAUCAAACCGGCGAUGGCUCCGCUCCUCCUCUCCCGGCAUCUAAACACUCAUGGAAACUGAAGGGCAUGGUGGCAGUCAUUCGUCAUGCCGAUCGCACUCCGAAGCAAAAAUUCAAGUUCACCUUCCACACUCAACCUUUUGUCGACCUACUCAAGGGCCACCAGGAAGAAGUCGUGAUUAAAGGAGAGGCCGCACUAUCCAGUGUUUCCGAAGCCGUGAAGAUCGCCAUGGAGCAGGGACUGGAGGACAUGGAGAAGCUGAAGCUGCUCCGCACUUCCUUGGACAAGAAGGGUGGUUGGCCUGGCACGAAAGUGCAAAUUAAACCAAUGUUCCGCAAGCGUAGGCCAGAGGAGAUGCGAGAGCCAGGCUCAGCUACGACGCCUACCGCGCCAGUCGCUGGCGAAAGCAUUCCGAAGGAGCCUCUUUCGCCGGUGGCCGGUGAGGCAGGGGCUGAAAAUGAGGCCUUGCGCCGGUCUCAGACCCGAAGCGAUUCGAUUUCUGGCGCCACAUUCUCCCGUUUUUCUGCGGUGGAAAAUGACCUGAUUCUUGAUAAACUGCAGCUUGUUAUCAAGUGGGGAGGAGAGCCCACACACGCUGCGCGAUACCAAUCCCAAGAUCUUGGCCUGAACAUGCGGGAUGAUCUUAAGCUGAUGAAUAAGGAAGCAUUGAACAAUGUUCGACUUUUCACAAGCUCCGAACGGCGAGUGAGCACAAGUGCUCAAAUCUGGGCGUGCUCAUUCCUUGACCAAAAAGAGAUUCCGGAAGACUUCAUCCAAGUUCGAAAGGAUUUGCUGGACGAUUCUAACGCUGCGAAAGAUGUCAUGGACAAAGUCAAGAAAAAGCUGAAGCUUUUGUUGCGGGAGGGCUCUGCACCGUCUCAGUUUGCAUGGCCCAAAGACAGCAACAUUCCCGAGCCCUCUGUUGUCCUUGCUACUGUGGUUGAACUGAUGCAGUUCCAUCGAAGUGUCAUGCGACACAACUUUGAGAAGCUUGAAGCAUCUUCCCUGAAGAAUGACGAGGAAGGACAGGUACCGAGCCAGCAGGACGCCACAUCGGAUGAGCCAGAUUUUUCCAGUGUUCAAGGUCGCUGGUGUGCAGGAGAGGACCCACGAUUGUUCAGAGAACGCUGGGAGAAGCUCUUUGCCGAGUUCUGCGAUACAGAGAAGGUUGAUCCCAGCAAGUUAUCCGAACUUUACGAUAGUAUGAAAUUCGACGCACUUCAUAACCGACAGUUCCUGGAGUGGGUCUUCAUGCCGCCGGACGAGGAAGACGACCGAUCCAGUGUCAAGGGCCGAAGCCCCUCCAAGUCCGACUCGACCUCCGAAAGUAAGGCCGGAUCCGAGCCAGCCAGCGACAAGGCCGACGAACGCGGCGAAAAUCAGACGUUUGCGCAUCGCUUCAAUUUGAAGAAACGACUGUACGCACUCGAAUCGUUGCCUCAUCUCCGUGCUCUGGACGAUUCCUACGACCACUACUUCAAGCUGUUCCCUGGCUCCACCUCCACCAAGUGCAAGAUAGAUGAGCGCCUCUCGAAGCUUCGAGAGCUAUACAAGCUAGCGAAGGUCCUGUUUGACUACGUCACGCCCCAAGAAUACGGCAUCACCGACAGUGAGAAGUUGGAGAUUGGCCUUCUCACCUCUCUCCCGCUUCUACAGGAGAUUGUGCACGAUCUUGAAGAGGUUCAGGCUUCUGAUGAUGCCAAAUCCUUCUUCUAUUUCACCAAGGAGUCCCACAUCUACACUCUGUUGAACUGUAUCCUAGAGGGUGGUAUGCAGACCAAGAUAGCUCGCCGUGCCAUUCCAGAGCUCGACUACCUGUCCCAAAUCUGCUUCGAGCUGUACGAGUCCCGGGACAGUGAGAAUGAGAUCAACCCAUACUCCUAUUCUAUCCGGAUUUCGAUCAGCCCUGGCUGCCACGCUUUCGACCCACUUGACGUGCAGCUCGAUUCCCGGCACGCCAUCGGCUGUGCCCCGCGACGCAGCCUCACUGCCCACCAUGAUUGGAAAGAGGUGAUCGAGACGCUGAAGGCAAAGUUUGACACUGUUGAAUUGCCAAAGUCAUUCAUUGCAGUGAAUCUGAGUGACAAGCAUGUCGCCUCUCUGCCGGGGGAUCAGGAGGACUCAUAG